AAACGCACGUCCAGAUGCAGGGCACGGGGUCUAAAUUUGGAAAGGUGACAUGUCAGGGAUGGGAUGUGCCUGCCAGUGGAGGCAGGGCUGUGCUGUGCCAGUCCUUUGCAUUCUCUCCACAAUUACUUCCUCGUUUGACAUCCAUGGAAGGAAAACACAGGAAGGAGACAGCGUGUUCGUCAGCCGGCUCAUGAAUCAUCCCCGGCACAGGCAGACAUGAAUGCUCUGUUAUGUUCUGGGGAGUAUUAUGUUGCUAUGACACCGUGAUUAAUGGAGGGUUGUUAUGUGUAAAGUGCCUGUGUUUAGUGCUGAAUGAGUGUUGCGAUCCUCCAGCCUCUCUACUGCAUACACAGCAGCUGUGGCGGUGAGUGCAUGGCGUAAGGUUUGGGAAGGAGGAGUUCAGAUCACUGCUCACAUCAUCAUCAUCAUCAUCAGCACUAGAUCAGAUGUUUACACUCAGCUCCUGGGGACUGAUUCACUGAAACAUGUCUGCUGCGCCAAUAGUAAGCCUGACACUUGCUUUGUUCUAGCCUGAGGACGAGUGAAGGUGAACAAUGGCUGAAGUAGAGUCUGCCUGAAGGACUGGAAUCUAGGACAACAGUCAAGGCUUCGGUUAAAUGAAAGACAAUAUUUUUGAGAAGACGCUGAUCGGUGGUGACAAGUGAAGAAGCCAUUGUUGUGUUUUGAGAAGAGCCCCAGGGAUGACCUGAGUUUUCCCUAUCUGGAGGUCUUUGAAGUCUUUAAAGAGUACAGGACUGCUGAAAAGUCUCAUGUGCUUAGCAUCCAGCAGGAAAGAUGAGGUUGAAAUGGAAGCUACUGAUAGAGCGUCUCCUCCUUCUAUCAUACACAGCAAACAAGAAGAGCCACCUCAGAAAAGUUGUACCACCAAACUCUACCUAGUCGCGGCAGUGAUUGUCUGGUUAGUGACCGGUACAACCAUCUCUAGCCUAAACAAAUGGAUAUUCACUGUUUACAACUUCAGGUAUCCUUUGUUGCUGUCCUCCCUUCACAUGCUAACUGCUAUCCUGUUAGACUAUCCCAUCCUCAGGUUUGGAUUGGUACCUGUAAACAGUGAGGAAGAGCAGACGCUGAGUACCAGCGCACGAUUUAAAGUGUUCCUCAUGAGUUUGACCUUCUGCUCCAGCAUUGCCUUUGGGAAUCUUGGACUGAGCUGUGUUCAGCUUUCUUUUGCACAGAUGAUCUAUACCACAACUCCUAUUUUUACCCUGGUUCUUUCUAAACUGUUCCUGGGUUCCAAACAUCAUGCCUUUAAGUACACUGCCAUGAUACCCAUUUGCUUGGGAGCUUGCUUUAGUAUUAUUGGAGAGGUGCAGUUCGAUCAGACAGGAUGCAUCUACCUUUUUGCCUCAACUUUUCUCAGGGGGGUGAAGUCCAUUCAGCAGAGUUUACUUCUUAAAGAGGAGAACAUUCACUCUGUCACCCUGCUGUACCUGAUGUCCAUACCCAGUUUCUGCAUCUUACUAGUGGCUGCAGUGUUACUGGAGCGAGGAGUGGUAUGGGAGAGGCCACCAGACAGUGACAAUAAACUUUGGUUGUUCAUCCUCCUUAGCUGCUUGGGAUCUGUUCUGUACAACCUGGCAAGCUUCUGUGUCAUCACACUGACCUCAGCUGUCACCAUACACGUCCUUGGCAACCUAAAUGUGGUGGGGAACCUUGUCUUAUCUAGAGUGCUAUUUGGAAGCCACCUUACAGUACUUAGCUAUACCGGCAUUGGCCUCACCUUGGUAGGCAUGGGCAUGUAUCAUAACUGUGACUCUAUUGUUGGAUACAUCAACUCCAGAAGAUCUGUGCAUGUCACAGAAAAACACACAAAGUCUGAGUAAGCGGUCUUCUGAAGGUUCAGCCAGUAAGGAGAUCUAUUUGUAUGUGAUGAAAGAUUUAUUACGUGCUACAGGAUGAACGAAGCCUUCGCUGUACCAGAGUGAAGGUCGGCCAAUGCCAAAGCUUGUAUGGCAUCAAUGACUGUUUCUUUCCAGAAACGAUUUAUUAAUAUGAAUAAUGUAGUUCUUUUUUUUUCUAGUUUUCUCUGAUUUUUCAGAGGAAUGAUAUAUUUUCUUAUCUCUGAUAUAUUGCAAUAUACUCAGAUGUAUAAUACCCGGAAAAACAGCCAACACAAGAACUUCUUAACCAUACAAUGAGUUAUCAGCAGUACAAAAUAGGAUAAAAUGUCAUAUAGUUGUUAGCAAGUGAUGCCCAUGUCAU